UGCAGUGUGUCCGAGGCUCAUUUUAGCACCGACGCUGUGCUUCGACCUUGUGUGCGCUCGAGGGAACCGUUAAGCCUCGGGGCCGGAGACAAGACAUGGGGACGUUUUCCUGAAGCUUUUCCUCAUCCGUGUGCUGCCGAGGAGUCAGCAAGUAAAAGUAUCAUGGUGUAAAAUAUUGAUGGGGCGACAGGUGUGAUCCUUAACACCCAGCAGGUCUUUGCCUUUCUGAUCGAUGUGUCUCACAGCGAGGGGCUGCCAGCACCCCCGCCGCAGGCCGAACCACGGACCUCAGUACUGAUUCACCGAGCCUCACUCCUCCUGCAGGAGGAGGAGGAGGUGGAGGUGAGCGGGCGGAGGGAGGUCAGGGAGACCAGCCGCUCGUCCGGGAGCUGUGGUUCAUCGUAGUGAUGGCAGCCAUCGCCCUGCUGCUGCUCGCCAUCGUGUUAGGUGUCACGCUCCAUAAGGUGAGAGAGGUAUUUCACAUUAUACGGUGUGUCGAGGGUGAGGGCCAGGAAAGGACUGACCUCACCAGCACAGGUCAGUAUCCAUCUUUCCCUUUCAUGAUCCCGCACCAGGCCCUGAACAAACCCCCCUUCACCAGGGAGAGACCCCCGCUGGUGGCCUUGCCCAUGAGGAAGAGGAACCCCAUGGCUAUUUAUCCAACCGGCAACUCUGUUUUGUUUGACACGGGGCCCGACACAACCGCCUUCUCCAACAGUGUAACACUUAAGGGUUUCACCAUGAAGAUAGAGGUAAAAAAAAAACACUGCCUCAACAAAACAUGCACUCACAUAUAUUUUAAAAAUGCACACAGUCAUGGCGUGAAUAUCUAUCUCUCUCUCUCUCUCUGCUCCCCCCAGCAGGAAGUGCUGGAAGCUAAAUGUGAGCCCAUCGAUGAGGUCCCACCACAAGAUGAGCUGGAGAUCCUCAGUGUGAACUCCCUGAGGCGCAGCGUCAGCCAAAUGAUGGACGGGAAGUCCGUCACGGGAGACGAUGAAGUGUGGGACCCAAACAUUUCCGGCCACGACAGUGGAAUGUUUAUGGACGAUGAGGAGUUUGUUGACACCGUCAAAGGUUUCAGCACGGUGAGGAAGGAGCACACCAUGUUCACCGACACCAACCUGUGACCAGAGGAUGACCUCUGAACCUGACAGGACGCCGGCGCUCGAUGUUUAAACUUUUUGACACUGCGAGGCCACUCGCUCCCAUGAGAUCCACCUGCUUUCCUCUGACAGCAGAGGUGAAGUUUCUUCUCUCUCACGAUGAUAAACGAACGUAACUCGAUCACUGGAGUAACUUGCACCGUCUGUCUGGUGAGUCCACGAACAAUUUAAUCAAUCUGGUGGAUGCAGCUGUCUUGAUUGAGCAUUGGAUUGCUGAGCAAUUAAAACACGCUUUGAUAUCAAUAUACAGUAUCUGACGCAACACACGUGUCCCUCUGAGUCCCGUACGGGAUUCUAUUAAAGAUGUAGUGGAGUAACGUCUACCUGAGCAGAGAAUAAAGUCACAUCUGUGCUUCGUUAGUCCCGACCGACGCAGUCACGGAGGCGUAGCACCAACCCUCUGGUUCCCCUUCAGGUAAACACGGUUUGCUCUGUCAGCACUGUUAGCUGCAAGCCGCCGGCUCAGGAGACGCCAUGUUGAGAAGCAAUAGAACUGCUCCUAUCUCAUAUAAAGCACAUUUAGGUUAAACACUGAGAGGCAUUCAUGAAAAGUAAACAUACCAGAGAAUUGAUUUCACUUUUUCAGGUUGUCUUCAGGUAUGGGAGACUUUUAACUGGUUAUAACACAUUUUAUGAAUGCAAAUAAUUUCAUGUGUCAACGUCACUGCAGUGACAACCAUGCAUCUCCAAAUGUGUUUCUUUUAGAAGAAUUUUAGUUUUCAAGAGAAAAUCUCUAAAUUAUAACCAUUAAAAAAAUGAAAUGUUUGUGAAAUUGUCACAAAGAUAAAAACAUUUCUUAGCUCAUGAAAGGUUUAUGUUUAGGAGAUACAUUCUGUACCCAAUGAAAACCACGUAUCUAAUAAAAUUGCAAUAAUUUUAUACGUUUCACAAUUCUCUCUCACACACACACACACACACACACACACACACACACACACACACACACAUACACACACAA